AUGUUAACUCGUGUAGUGCCAGUAGUUAGUCGUGCAACAGUAGUACGUAGUUCACUGAGACUUCUUAGCGCACAGGCUACAGAUGAGUUUGCUCUACAUGAAUUCGGUGAGAAGUACUUGGGCCAUCGUAAGGCUGCGUUCACUGAGAAGCUGGAGAUCAUCGAUCCUGACAAAGCACCGGCUAUACCAAUUUACCGCGUAACGGACACGAAAGGCAAUUUCUUAGACACAUCACAGGAUCCAAAUUUUGAUAAGGAAACUUCGCUCAAAAUAUACCGCGACAUGACUCAGUUGAACAUUAUGGAUCACAUUCUUUAUGAUUCUCAGCGACAAGGACGAAUCUCUUUCUAUAUGACCAACUUUGGAGAAGAGGGAGCCCAUGUGGGAUCGGCAGCAGCUCUUAGUGACAAAGAUCUGGUAUAUGGUCAAUAUCGAGAAGUUGGAGUAUUGAUGUGGAGAAAUUUCCCCCUUGAAAAUUUCAUGAAUCAGUGCUAUGGAAAUCAUAAAGAUAUAGGAAAAGGACGACAGAUGCCUAUACACUACGGUUCCGUUGAGCAUAAUUUCGUCACAAUCUCUAGUCCGCUUUCUACCCAAAUACCACAGGCAGUUGGAACGGCGUAUUCGUUCAAGCGUAAGCCAAACAAUGACCGCAUCGUCAUCUGUUACUUUGGCGAUGGAGCGGCGUCAGAGGGCGACUGUCAUGCUGCCUUCAACUUCGCUACAACAUUGGACUGCCCAGUCAUUUUCUUCUGCCGAAACAAUGGUUAUGCUAUCAGCACACCGACCUCAGAACAAUACGGUGGUGAUGGUAUUGCUGGAAGAGGCCCAGGCUAUGGUCUUCACACUAUUCGGGUCGAUGGAAAUGAUGUGUUUGCUGUUUACAAUGCUACAAAGGCGGCAAGAGAGUUGGCUAUCCAGAAUAAACCAGUGCUCAUAGAGGCCAUGACAUAUAGAUUGGGACAUCAUUCAACUAGUGAUGACUCAACGUUUUAUAGAAAGAGUGAAGAGGUGAAGGAAUGGGGUGACAAAGACCAUCCAAUUACUCGAUUCAAGAAAUACAUUAUGGAUAAAGGAUGGUGGACAGAAGACGAGGAAAAGAAGUGGCAGAAAGAGUGCCGCAAACGAGUACUGCAGGCGUUCAGCAAGGCAGAGAAGGAAAAAAUAGCCCACCAUCACGACAUGUUCCAAGAUGUAUAUAGUGAACUGACACCUCGACUCAAGCAACAACGAGAUGAAUUCGAUGCUUUCUUGAAGGAGUAUAAACAGAAUUAUCCUAUGGACAAGUGUCUACCAACCCCUCCUUGAGGCAGUGUGACUGCGUAAAAAUUAGUAACAUUAGUUUUCUUAGUGCACAUGGUGUUUGUUAAACGCAAAUGGUGAUCCGGUGCAUGUCUCAUGACUCUGUAUUGUAAUCUCAACUUGAGUUAUGAAUAGAUUUUCAUUUAUCCAAGCAUUUUACUCUUCACCUGUGAUGAAAAUUGCAUGAAUCAUUUGCCUUCUUAUCUGUCGUGCUGUAGUAGGGAAUGAUUUUCUAGCAUAGCUGUUACUUAUAGAUGACGCUAGAGAAAGCUCAAGAGAUAUACGCCAUGUGCCAAUUGGAAAAAAUGACUCUGUCUGCUUC